CGCCAGCUGCGCCCCAUGGCCCACCUGCGCUCCUGCGAAGUCCGGCAGCUGCUGCACAACAAGUUCGUGGUCAUCAUGGGGGACUCGGUGCAGAGGGCCGUGUACAAGGACCUGGUGGUCCUGCUGCAGAAGGACAGCCUGCUGUCCACCAGCCAGCUGAAGGCCAAGGGUGAGCUGACUUUCGAGGGGGACAUCUUGCUGGAGGGCGGCCGGUGGGGCCGCAUGCACAAUGGCACCCACUACCGCGAGGUCCGCCAGUUCCGCUCGGCCCACCACCUGCUGCGCUUCUACUUCCUCACCCGCGUCUUCUCCCCGUACGUCGUGGAGGUCCUGGAGGACCUGCGGCGGGGCCAGCACGCCCCGGACCUGGUGGUCAUCAACUCCUGCCUCUGGGACCUCUCGCGCUACGGCGCGGAUUUCCGAAGAGGCUACCGCGAGGACCUGGGGAGCCUGUUCGGGCUCCUGGGCCGCGCGCUGCCCGAGCCCUGCCUCCUGGUGUGGAACACCGCCAUGCCGGUGGCCGAGGUCGUCUCGGGCGGCUUCCUGCUGCCCGAGCACCAGCACCGGGGGGCGCACCUGCGGCUGGACGUGAUGGAGGCCAACUUCUACAGCUCCGUGGAGGCCAGCCGGCACGGCUUCGACGUGCUCGACCUGCACUUCCACUUCCGCCACGCGGCGCGGCACCGGCAGCGGGACGGCGUGCACUGGGACCAGCGCGCGCACCGCCACCUCUCGCAGCUGCUGCUGGCGCACAAUUGCCGGGGAGGCAGCACCGGGAGAGCAGAGGUGACUCGGGACAACGGGCCUCGUCCAGGGCCCCGCCCAGGUCGUCCAGGCCCCCGCCCAGGUCCUCGUCUGUGCGCGCCCCCCUGCGACCUUCUUCACCCAUUGCCCAGCCUCGCCCUCUGUUCCCGCCCUAUGGCCAAGGCGCCUUUGUGCCUUCCUACCAUUCUUUACCGCCCCAGCAAUUCUACAAUAACCAUUCCAGGGUCCAGGGGGGAUAUAAUGGCGACACAAACUCGAGGAUUGGGCCGCAGCACCGUCUGGGCCCCAUCCGCAGAGUUUCUCUCCAGCAUCAGCGCAGAGGGUCCCCUCCGUACCCUCCCCAGCGCCCCAGCGGGCCCCGCAGACACCAGCGAAGGCACACCCAGAGGCAAGGCCCCGGUGGCCAUAUCUAGACCGGGCUCCUUCCCAGCACAGUCAGUGGGCUGA